GGGCAAAAACACCGGAAGUGUGAGCAGUUUGCAAGCUGGUGCAUGCGGCUGAUAAAAAACCUUUCCUUAUUGUUGUUAAUGUAACAUUUGAAGAUCUAAAUCUAAUGCGGUUAAUUUUUGUCUGUCAACUGAGAACAAAAUGAAAGAAGAUGCGUAGCAUGUUAUUUCUGAUUUCCCACAACGUCUACGUUUAGCUGUAUAAUAAGGCCUUUCAGAGCUGGGUUUGUUUUGAUUUUAAUGGACUGUAGAGGAGGAAAAAGAGGAAGGGAAAAGGGACAAAGAAAGGACAGAGAUGUCCAUCUAUCCAAAGCCAUGUCUUAUGCUCUGCGUCAUGGAGCUAAGCAGCUGGGUCUUCAAAUGAGUACAGAUGGUUUCCUCUUUGUGGAGGAUCUCCUGGCUCAUCCACAGUUCUGUUCGUACACAGUAGAAGACGUAGAAAGAGUUGUGGCUACAAAUGACAAGCAACGCUUUAAGCUCCGUUCCCAUCCAGAAAACGGCCGGUUGCAGAUCAGAGCAAACCAGGGACAUUCAAUACAGGUUACUGAUCUUGAGUUGAGACCAGUACUGGCUGGUUCUGCAGACUGCCCAGCUGAAGCUGUUCACGGUACCUACCUCCGUAACUGGCCGUCCAUCCAGCAGCAUGGCCUGAGCCGAAUGAAUAGGACCCAUAUCCACCUGGCGCCAGGCUUGCCAGGAGAGGAUGGCAUCAUCAGUGGCAUGAGGAAGAACUGUGAUCUUGCUGUGUUUAUUGAUGUCCCCAUGGCCCUUGCUGAUGGCAUUGAGUUCUUUCGGUCAGAGAAUGGCGUGUAUCUUACUGCAGGAAAUGCUGAGGGCAAACUCCUGCCUAAGUACUUCAUCCGCACCCUCAGACUGAGACCUACAAGGAGUGUCCUGCCAUUUCUGUAGCAGAAAAGGAAAUUCUGUGACAUUUCACCUCAUGAAACUCAUAAAACUUUUACUUUAUGGUUCCAACAACCAGUUCAGAUACUGAAACAAACGUGCACACAGCAUGUGGGAGGGGAGAUAACUGUGAGACACUUCCUGAAACAACAGAAAACACCAAAACAGCUACAACCCUGGGGAGUGGAGUCAAAGACCACCAAAAACAAGAAGCUGGACUUACUUUGGUUUUAUUGCUAUUACAUAUUUGAGAAGAAUAAAAUAACACUGAGCUUU